AUGCCUCAGAUCCAGCAACCAUCUAAUCAAAUCAAAUUGACAAAUGUAGCCAUAGUACGACUAAAGAAAGGCGGUAAACGAUUCGAGAUCGCCUGCUACAAGAACAAAGUCCAGGAGUGGAGAACCGGAGUAGAAACGAAUCUAGAUGAUGUGCUACAGAUCAACAAUGUAUUUGUGAACGUGUCGAAGGGUGAGGUGGCGAAGAGCGGUGAUUUACAGAAGGCGUUCGGGAAGAUGGAUGUAUCUGGCAUCGUAAAGGAGAUUCUCAAGAAAGGAGAAGUCCAAGUCGGAGAGAAGGAGCGCGACCACGAUCUUACAUCUCUACGAAAGGAAAUCGCGACACUCGUGGCCGAGAAAUGCGUCGAUCCCGUUACCCAGCGACCUUAUCCCGUCGGGAUGGUCGAGAAAGCGAUGACGGAAGCAGGCUAUAGCAUCAAACAAAACAAGAACGCUAAAAGUCAGGUCUCUGAAUGCAUCAAGAUUCUGCAAUCAGAUUCUACUCUGCCAAUUCAAAGAGCACACAUGAGGAUCAAGGUCUCCUUGCCAGUCGCAGAUGUACCGAAACUCCGAGGGAAGGUCCUUGAGGGUGCAGAGACGGUAGAGCACGACGAGACAGGCGAGACAGAUUGGGCAGUGACCAUGUUGAUUAACCCUAGUCAAUUCCGGGUCAUCAACGAUCUGCUGCAGAAAGAAUGCAAAGGCCGAGGGCGUUUGGAAACUUUAACAUUCACCGCAACAUCGACGGCGGGCACUUCUUAG